AUGGCCGACGGACUCAACAAUGUUCGCGCAAUGCGUGUUGGUGAGAUCAUGAACGACUACAAGAUCACAAUGAAUGCGAUCGCAUCUAUCCGUACCAAUCCCACACCUCAAGAGUACAACGAAGAAGGAUAUGUGGCCUUGCGCAGCUGUUGUUCUGCGGCUCAAGAUUUGUUGGCCAGACCGUUUGUUAGCACGACUGGGCCUACGAAUGAUCCCGACCACAUCAAAGCAAACUUGGGAAGGAUCAUUUUGGACGCAUCUACCAGGCGCUUUAAAGCGAAGAAGUUAUACUACCAGGCGCAGGUCGCUCUGAGGUAUAUCGCGGCACGCGGCACUAUUGGGGGAGUGCCACCGGCGCAGCAAGCAGCCAUGAUCGAACAGCUUAGAAUGAACAUGCGAAGAGAAAUGGCCACUGUGACCGACGCACAGGUCUUUGCCUCCAUUCGACAGGCCGACGUCAACGACGGCAAGUGGUUGUCCGAGGACCCUCCAUUAUCCAUCAUUCAACACGUCAUCCAGAGCGGAAUCUGA